AUGCCCGUCUAUUGCGUCACCGGAUCCAACCGCGGCAUCGGCCUCGAGCUGGUCCGUCAGAUCUCCGCGCAGCCCGACACGACCGUCCUGGCCCUCACCCGGACGUUAUCCAACGACCUCUCGGGGCUCCAAGGCAUCAAGACCUCGUCGAAUGCCAAGUUGCACAUCCUCGAGUGCGACAUUGGCAACGCGGAGUCCAUCACCAACUUUGCCUCGUCCGUCACCAAGACGCUCGGGGCGGGGGCCAAGAUCGACGUGCUGAUCAACAACUCGGGGGUGCAGCUCUCGGCGACCGAGAACAGCCUCUCCUUCGACCCGGCCGACAUGACCGAGACGUUCCGCAUCAACACGGUGGGACCCGCGCUGGUGGUGCAGCGGCUGCACGCCGCGUCUGCGCUGUCGCCCUCGGCGCGCGUGGUCAACAUCUCGUCGGGCCUGGGGUCCAUGUCGGCGACGCGGUCCGGCGGCGACGAGCAGCGCCACAUGUUCAGCUACAGCGUGUCCAAGGCCGCCCUCAACAUGCUGACCGUCCACCAGGCCGGCAACCUGCGCACCGUCGGGGGGUUGGCCGACGCCGUGGUCGUCGCACUGGACCCCGGCUGGGUGCAGACGCGCAUGGGCGGCGACGGCGCGCAGCUGACGCCCGACGAGAGCGUCAAGGGGAUCCUCAAGACGGUCGCUGCGCUGAAGAAGGAGGACAAUGGGGCGUUUUUUGAGUACAAUGGCAACAAGAGGGAGUGGUGA